CCGCAAGUGUGGAUUUGAUUUCGUGGCUCACAGAAUUGUCAGAGAAGAGCCUUGUCCUCAGGGCAUGGUUGACAGCAAGAGUCAUGGUAUUGAAGAAGAAAAUCAAAGGCAAGAAGGGCAAGGCGCAACCCAAGACAGUUGGGAAGAAGCGUUUGCCGGCGGACGAUGAUGACGACGAAGAGGAGGAGGAAGAGGAGCCUGUUCCAAAGGCAAAAGCGAAGCCACCCAAAGCGGCUCCAAUGGAUGAUGAUGAUGAUGAUAAUGAUGAGGAUGACGACGAUGACGAGCCGGCUCCAAAAGUCAAAGCAAAGGCCAAAGCCAAGAUGCCAGCCAAAAAGAAGCCUCCAGAUGAUGAUGACGAUGACGAUGACGAUGAUGAGGAGGAGCCCAUUCCAAAGGCAAAGGCGAAGGCCGUUGCCAAGCCGAAGAUGAUGGCUGAUGACGAUGAUGAUGACGAGGAGGAAGAGGAAGAAGAGGAGCCUUUGCCCAAAGCGAAGGCCAAAGUCCAGGGCAAAGCAAAAGCCAAGGCAGCCCCAGAAGAUGACGGUGAAGAGGAGGAGGAAGAGGAAGAAGAAGAGGAAGAAGUUGUUCCGCUCAAAAAGAAGCGGCUGGAUCUAGAGGGUGGAGGUCAAGCCACCAAAGUGAUGGUUCGAGGCAUUCCGUGGGACGCCACAGAGAAGCAGAUCCGCGGCGACUUCGGCGAAUGCGGUGAGAUCGAAGACUUGGCAAUGCCGAACAAAACCGUUUUCAUCACCUACAAAACGAAGGCCGGCGCCGACAAGGCUCUGGAGUACGAUGGAGAUCAGUACGGCAAGGGCACCCUGCAGGUAAAGCUUGACUCGAAAGGUGACGACAAGGGCAAAGGCAAAGGAAAAGAUGGAGGCAAGAAAGGAAAGGGCAAAGAUGACAAAGGAAAGGGAAAAGGCAAAAAAGGAAAAGAUGGAAAAGGAAAAGAUGGUAAAGGUAAAAAAGGAAAGGGAAAGGAUGGCAAAGGCAAAGGCAAGUCGAAGAACGAAUUCAAAGGCAAAAGUAAGACCUUCGAUGACGACGACGAUGAUGAUGAUGAUGAGUAAAAGGAUGUGAGAGGGCAGGUUUGUGCAAGGCAUUCCUUGCAGGGCACUCGACGUUUCCAACUGCUGGCCUGCCAGACUCCAAACAGUUCCACGGGCACUCGUUGGACAUGGCAAGCCAGAGGUUCUUAAGACCCCAGAAUCGUGUACAUGUAGACAGGGA